CUCGAGGGAGAGGCUUUUCUUGUUUUUUUAGAGUUGAGAAUUUUGCAGAAAGUUUUAACUUAAUACUUACCAACUCAGCCCUUACAAGCUUUAACGAAAGGUUUAGCUCAGUACUUAGCCCUCACAAAAUCCGAAUAGAGUCUACUCAUCUUCUCUCCCAUCUUUUUCUUCUUUUAAACACACACCAUCAACCAGAAAUCCAUCAAUCCACUAUACAAACUCAAGUUCUCCAUCCAGAUAUCAUCACCAAUUCUAUCUACCAGAUCAGUCAUUCCGGACGCCUCCUACGCCUUUCGAUCGGUAGAAGACAAGGGCGUUGUGUACAAAGCGCAGCCAUGCCAGGCAUUAUUAUUUUUCACGGUUCGAAGGAUGAUCUUGAGAGAAUCUUUGAUGAGAAGCUGCAGCCCAUUAAAGACAAGCUUGAUGCCAUCAACAAGAUGCUCGAUCGGCUGACGAACCAUGGUCUGGCACCCAAGACUCCUCCCAUAGAAACCGAUACUCGAUCUCGGGAUUAAAAUCUUAUGCCCAGUCAAGCUUGAAACUCGCCGAGAGUGGCUAUUGGAAACACUUGUAGGAAGCAUCAACGGGCCCAUGUAUGAUUCUUUCUCCCACACCCAACAAGAUGAGGAUAUCUAUCGCGUGUCGUAUCCUACCUCACCAUCGACAUCUCGGACAAGGCUCCAUUCAGCUAGGCCAUGACGAAAAGAAGGGCAUCAUGUAGCUUGGCCAAGGUGUGUCAAUGGGACACUUAAUCAACCAGAUCAGACAAUUCGAC